GUUUGAGCCAGUUAUUAACUAUUCUAUCGUUUUAUGAGCAUAAAAUUGACUCAUAUUACAGAACGCACAAGAGAUUAUUCAGGCCCAAGACAUUCCGGUCAAAAUACUGUCAGUUAUCGCAGUGCAGUGGAACUAGAGAGGAAGCUGAAACCGAAACUGGCCAGAGGUUGAUCAGUUGAGCUGCGCGCUUAACACUUAUUCAUACAAACCCCAGACCCUCCAGAUUAGGCUUCCCUCACUCACGAGCCCUAAAUUUCUCUCUCAUGCUUUCUUGGAGCAGGGACUAAAGUGCAAUGUGCAUAAUAAAACCCAACAGCCAACGAUAGCUAAUAUUAUCUACUUCUCUUCUUCCUCUUUCUUUCCCUUUUGAGGUUUCGGAAUUAAAAUUGCUUGCAUGGCUGGCUUAAUCCCAACGAAAAAUGAUUUCUUUGAAUCUCCAUUGAGUUUAUCUUUAGAUCGAGCCUAAAUUCUCCGAAAACCAAGAACCUGCCCUGCAAUUCUUGCUUAAGACUAAAGCCUCAUAAUAAUAUAGAUGACGAUUCAGGCUUCCCUAUUUUAGAACAACCACUCCGUUUAUCCCUCUUGACUCGAGCUUUUGAGAGGCAUCCCAAUUGGGCACCGACACAGCCUAACCAGAAAAAGGCCCAAUAUUGAGCGUUGGAGCUAUUGAGAAGCCUUGGCUGCCUACAGGGAAAUCUGAGUUUCUAGAACACCUUGUACAUUUCAGGCUCUAAGAUUUGCUGGCCAAUGCAGAAGUUGUUCUAGCCACAAAGGACGGCUAGCUUAAAGCAUGGACAUUAAGGGGAAUGCAACCCCUUUUAGAGGGGAGGCCAAGGCAUCAUUUUGCGAUCAGCAUUUCUUGCUUAACUUCAUCAUUAGCACUUAUAUAGGUCCUGAUGUCUUCUCUGAUAGUCCAAGAUGUUCUGCAUUUCAGAGAUUAGCUACAAGGUUGCCACCGUACACUUCAAACAACCUGGGGACUUCUUUUCUCAGUAUUUCUCAAGUGGAAAGCAUAUAUUAUUACGUCCUGAGAAACGCCCAUCCCAGCCUGAUUUUGAAACCAAAUUUGCUUUACAUGUAUCUAAAAGGCAGCCUAUGUUUGCCAAGCUUAGGGUCUAUAGAGGACCAUAGACAGUUCACAAGUUUUUUCCCUUUGAAACUUCAUGAUCAUAAAAAGUACUCGGAUAACCAUGAAAUUGUCAAGGGAAUUGUGCUUAUUGAUGACCCUAUCACAUCCUACAUGGAGAAGGAGGACCUAGAGAGAUUCAGACGCUUAUCUGGUAUUGAUGGUGAUUUGAGAAUUGAUGUAAAAGAAGGCCUCAACUACCAACAUGAAAGCCGAAAGAGUGGAGAGGGAACUGAGCAAAUGAGAGAGAAGGAACUUGUUGGAACUAUGUCUAAUGGAAAUCAAAGGCCAUCGGCAAUGUUCCAAAAGACGUACAGAAGGAGGAAUUGCCGUGGCCCGACACCAAUUCCAACAUUUUCCAGUAAUCUUUCUAAGCAAAAACAGCACAAUGAAGAAAGUACUUCUGAGGGACCCAGUAAUAUGGAUGGAUACGCCAAGAUGCCUGCAAAUACUCCUAAAUUGCAAGAUUGUACCUCAAAGAAAAUUGUUUUGACAGGCACUGCAAGAAAGGGAAGAACUGGACCCCAAGUUGGUGUUGUGGAUAUUGGCAUAAGCAGAAAUGCAUACUUCUUUCAAGUUGCUCUUCCAGGUGUCAGGAGGGAUUUCUUAUUCUGUAACAGGCGAAUUCAGCUGUGAGAUUGAAUCCAGUGGGAAAGUUCAUAUCCAAGGGACAAUGUCCGGUGGAGAGACGAUCAAGAAACGUUCUCGUGUUUUCCGGAUGAAGUUUCGACGACUGUGCCCUGCCGGACCAUUUACACUUUCAUUUAAUCUUCCAGGACCUGUUGAUCCAAGACUUUUUUCACCUAACUUCAGAACUGAUGGCAUUUUUGAAGCAGUUAUCAUCAAACACAAGUAGAACUCAUUCCUCAGGUUUCAAGUAGCUAUGAGAAAUUGGGUGAAAAGGGAAACAAAUAGUUUUUCUUCUGGUGUGACAUAACUGAUCCCAAUGCUAAAUCCUUCUCAUACUUCUUUUGUAACAGCUUUACUGAUGACUCUUAUGACCAAGAGAGAAGACUGAUUUUUGGUGUGUGUAUAGAAUGGCUUUGAAUUUCCACUCUGUUCAAUUCAGUUUUCCGUCUACUAGAACUGGCUGUUUUCGCUUUCAGUUUCACUCGGUCUUGCAUCAUUCUGAAAAGAUUAUGGAUCAAUAGCAAUUUGAAGAUUUUGAUCAUA